CACCCCCUCGCUUGCCGCCGGCGACAGCCGUGGAGCCAGCGAGGACGUAGGCUGAGCAGCGGGACGCGAGGAGGAAGAGGAGGAGUGGGUGUCAGGGGGACAGCACCGCGGCUCUGCGUGUCCCCAUCACCGUUCGCGAACACCGCCGUCCCUGAGCCGACGCAGUCUGCGAGGUUCCUGGUGGAUUUUUGGAGCCUGAUCCCUGCCAGCAGCGCGGGGAGGAGGAAGAGCCGGGCAAGACGCGCCGGGUGAUGGAUGGCCCCAGCCCCGCGCGGCGGGCUCGGGGGAGCGGGGCCGGGUGCCUCGGGGACCUCGGGGACCUGGCUGGCAUCACCCGCCUCUGCAGAGCCCCAGAGCGCCUGCUCGGCUGAGCUCCGGAGCCCGCAGCCCGCGGCAAACGCCGGGAGGAUUUGGAGGGGCCCCCGGUGACCCCCCGCGCCCCCGCGCCGGGGGAUGGUGCGGGGCUGAGCCGCCGUCCCCCGGGCAUGGCACGGCAGGGCUCGGGGGCCAUGCUGGCCUCGGGGGGCCUGGGGUUCCCCCCCCAGAACCUGGCCCGCGUGGUGGUGUGGGAGUGGCUGAACGAGCACGGGCGCUGGCGGCCCUACUCGGCCGCCGUGUGCCACCACAUCGAGAACGUGCUGAAGGAGGACGCCCGCGGCAGCGUGGUGCUGGGACAGGUCGAUGUCCAGCUGGCGCCCUACGUCAUCGACCUCCAGUCCAUGCAUCAGUUCCGGCAGGACACGGGGACCAUGAGACCCGUCCGGAGGAACUUCUAUGACCCCUCCUCAGCGCCGGGGAAGGGAAUCGUGUGGGAAUGGGAGAACGACAACAACUCCUGGACUCCCUACGACAUGGACAUCUGCAUCACCAUCCAGAACGCCUACGAGAAGCAGCACCCCUGGCUGGACCUCUCCUCCCUGGGCUUCUGCUACCUCAUCUACUUCAGCAGCAUGUCCCAAAUGAACCGGCAGACGCAGCGCAAGCGGCGGCUGCGGCGCCGCAUGGACCUGGCCCGGCUGCGGCGCCGCAUGGACCUGGCCUACCCGCUCACCAUGGGCUCCAUCCCCAAAUCGCAGUCCUGGCCGGUGGGCUCCAGCACGGGCACGCCCUGCUCGUGCCCCCAGUGCCUGCUGGUCAACAGCACCCGCGCCGCCUCCAACGCCAUCCUGGCGUCCCAGCGCCGCAAGCUCUACCCGGGUGUCCGCCAGAGCAGCACCUUCGCCGGGGCAGCGCUGUGGCCGCCGGGGACGGGGACGGCCAAGGGCGAAGGGCUGCGGGUGGCAGGCGCGGGGUUCGCCCCCGGGCAGGGCGUGCCCAGCGCGGCGCUGCCCGGCCUCAACAACCUCAACAACCUCAACCGGCCCGGGACGCAGCGCGGGGCUGGGCUGGGCGCCAGGGCCGCUGUGCCCCCCGGGGUCCCGGCGCUCCCGGUGAAGAAUCUGAACGGCACCGGCCCCGUCCAUCCCGCCCUCGCAGGGAUGACGGGGAUCCUCAUGUGCGCCGCCGGGCUGCCCGUGUGCCUGACCCGCGCCCCCAAACCCAUCCUGCACCCCCCGCCCGUCAGCAAGAGCGACAUCAAACCUGUCCCCGGCGUCAACGGCAUCUGCAGGAAAACCAAAAAGAAGCAGCUCAAGAAGAGUAAGACCCCCGAGGACGUGGUGCGCCGCUACAUCCAGAAGGUGAAGAACCCCCCGGAUGAGGAUUGCACCAUCUGCAUGGAGCGGCUGGUCACCUCCUCCGGCUACGAGGGCGUGCUCAGCCCCAGGGGCAUCAAGCCGGAGCUGGUGGGCAAGCUGGGCAAGUGCGGGCACAUGUACCACCUGCUGUGCCUGCUCGCCAUGUACAACAACGGCAACAAGGUCAGCGGCGCCCCGCGGCUGCGGGCGGGGCGGGGGCUGGGGGUGCAGGGGGUGUCGGAGCGGGUGCCAGGGUGUCGGGUGGGUGCUGGGGUGGGUGCUGGGCCGUGCCAGGCUGUGCCGGGCCGUGCCAGCCCGUGCCGGGGAUGCGGGGUAGGCGAGCCCUGGCCGUGCCCGCCGCAGGUGCUGAAGCUGCUGAUCGUGGCCUGGGACCGGCGGCUCAUCUUCACCAUCGGCACCUCCAACACCACGGGCGAGUCGGACACCGUGGUGUGGAACGAGAUCCACCACAAGACCGAGUUCGGCUCCAACCUGACGGGGCACGGCUACCCCGAUCCCAACUACCUGGACAACGUCCUGGCCGAGCUGCUGGCCCAGGGCGUGUCCGAGGCCACCCUCAAGGACUGAGGCCGGGCUCGGGGGGUCCCCUCGCCCCCUGGCCCCGCCCGUGCCGCCGCCGCCUGCGCCGCUUCCCCGCAGCC